AUGCUAUUGCGUGCAACAAUCGCACGAAAUCACAGUAGAUUUCUCAGCAAUAUAUCAGACGUCCAUAAUAACAAUCGUUGGAAUAUUUUUGUAUCAUCGAAAAAUCCAGCAGCACCAAGAAAUGAAAGUCAUCUUGUUGAUGAGUCACUUCGAGCUAAUGUUCGAUUACUUGGUGAUAGUCUUGGACGAACAAUAGCAAGAGAAUUAGGCAAAGAUUUUGUUGGAGAACUUGAAACUAUACGUGACUAUGCUAAACGUCAAGAUGAUGGUGCUCAAUUACAUCAAUAUCUACGUAGUCUUCCAGAUAAUCACCUGUUGCCUGUUGCUCGUGCUUUCAAUCAAUUUCUUCAAUUGGCAAAUAUUGCUGAACAACAUCAUCGAGUUCAUUCAAAACGUCUCGAUGAUGAUGAUAGUCGUAAUGUAUCUGAUCGUCCGAAACUGAUCGAUCUAUUUAAACGUAUUGAACAAGAAAAGACAAAUGCCAGUCAAUUGUUAUACGAUACAUUUUCAAAUAUGAAAAUUGAAUUAGUAUUAACAGCACAUCCAACAGAAACUAUACGAAGAUCAUUAAUUCAAAAAUAUAAUCUAAUUGAAGAAUGUUUAGGUUUAUUAGCAAUGUUAGAUCCAGAAUCUGAUGAAAAAUAUGUUUCUGAAACAGCUCAUCGAGCAAACGAGCGUCUUGAAGAAUUAGUUAGUCAAGCAUGGCAUACAAAUGAAUUUCGACAUGAACGACCGUCACCUAUUGAUGAAGCAAAAUCUGGUUUUGCUGUUGUCGAAAAUUCUCUUUGGGAAGCCGUACCGAUAUUCUUUCGUGAUCUUGAUCAAUUACUUCUGAAUACAACUGGUAAACGUUUACCAUUGCAUGCUACACCCGUACGAUUUGCAUCAUGGAUGGGUGGUGAUCGAGAUGGUAAUCCAAAUGUAACAGCUGCCGUCACUACAGAAGUCUUAUUACUUGCUCGUUGGCAAGCAGUUCACCUUUAUAUUUCUGAUUUAGAAAAACUGAAAACAGAAUUAUCGAUGGCAAAAGCAUCAGAUGAAUUAUUAAAUUCAAUUCGUAAUAACAAAGUAAAGGAACCGUAUCGUGAACUCAUAAAAGAUUUACUAGUUCAACUUCGAACAACACGCGAAUGGAUACAGGCUAAAUUGGAUAAUAGACCAUUUACUAUUCCUAAACAUGUUCAACUUAUUCGAUCGUAUAAACAACUUCAAGAGCCUCUUGAAGUUUGCUAUCGAUCAUUAUGUGAAAAUAAACUUGAUCUAAUUGCUAAUGGUAUACUACUGGAUACAUUACGGCGGUUAGCUUGUUUUGGUGUCACAUUAUCAAAAUUAGAUUUACGUCAAGAAUCAACACGACAUAUCGAAGCUCUCGAAGAAAUUAUUUCAUAUAUUCUACCUCAUCAAAGUAAAUAUUCUGAAUGGACUGAAGAGAAAAAACAAGAAUUUUUAAUUAAUGAACUUCUUUCAAAACGACCAUUAAUAUCUCAUCGACAUAAAUGGUCAGCAGAAACUCAAGAAGUUUUGGAUACAUUUGAGAUUAUCAGUCGACAGAAUAAUGACGAAGCAUUAGGUACUUAUAUUAUAUCGAUGAGUGAACAACCAUCGGACAUAUUAGUAGUAGCCUUAUUGAUGAAAGAAAUGGCAAAUGGAAAGUUACUACCAAUUGUUCCACUAUUUGAACGACUCAAAGAUUUGAAUUGUGCCAGUGAUGUUAUUGAUAGAUUAUUAUCAAUUAAAACCUAUCGAAAUCUUAUUGAUAAUAAACAACAAGUCAUGAUUGGAUAUUCAGAUUCAGCAAAAGAUGCAGGUCAAUUAGCAGCUGCAUGGGCACAAUAUCGAGCUCAGGAAAGUUUAUCAGAAGUCUGUAAAAAGCAUGGUGUUGCAUUAACAUUAUUUCAUGGGCGUGGCGGUACUGUAGGUCGAGGUGGCGGUCCAGCUCAUGCCGCUAUUUUAUCUCAACCACCUGGCUCAGUUAAUAAUAGUAUUCGUGUUACAGAACAAGGUGAAAUGAUACGAUUUAAGUUUGGUUUACCUGGUUUGGCUGUUUUAUCAAUGGAAAUCUAUGCUAGUGCUGUUCUAGAAGCAACUCUUCUUCCGAUGCCUAAACCAAAAGAAAUUUGGCGUGAAGAAAUGAACAAAUUAGCUGCACGAGCACAUCGUACUUACAAUUCUGUUGUACGUGAAAAUUCAGAUUUCGUACCCUAUUUUCGAAGAAUUACACCAUUGAAUGCAUUGUCACAGCUGCCGCUUGGUUCUCGACCAGCCAAACGAAAACAAGAAGGUGGUGUUGAAACACUACGAGCAAUUCCAUGGAUAUUUGCAUGGACACAAAUUCGACUCUUAUUACCAUCAUGGUUGGGUACUGAUGAUGCUUUCGGAGAAUUUCUUAAAGAAAAUCCUGAUGGACUCGAUCGUAUACGUGAAAUGAUGCAAUCAUGGCCAUUUUUUCGCAUGUAUAUGGAUAUGCUUGAAAUGGUACUUGCGAAAGCCGAUACAGAUAUAGCAGCCUAUUAUGAACAACGACUCAUUGAACCUAAUUCAUCAAUGCAGAAAUUAAGUGAAUCAAUACGUACGAGACUUCAUCAUAUACGUGAACUUGUUCUUCUGAUAACCAACCAGAAAGAAUUGUUAGAAAGUGCACCACGGCUUGCUCACGCAAUUGCCUUACGAAAUCCUUAUAUUGAACCGUUACAUGCAUUACAAGCUGAAUUAAUGCAACGAAGUCUUGACAAGAAACAAGAAGAUAUACCAGCAGAUAUAUCACGAGCUAUGAUGACAACAAUGGCAGGUAUAGCUGCCGGUCUUAGAAAUACAGGAUAA